AUGACGACAACAACAUCGUACCAAGCCGCCGACGGAAGCUUUGUGCGCCCGGACAGCGAGUUCCGCCAGACCAUCUCGAGCGAACCCGGUGCUCGCUACCCGCCGGAGAAGGGCCGCUACGCUCUAUACUUUGCGCCGGGAUGUCCAUGGGCCCAUCGCACACUCAUUGUCCGCAAACUCAAGGGCCUCGACGACAUUGUCGACCUCUACCAGCUGCACAGUUUCAUGGGCCCUGAAGGAUGGUACUUUAGCGGCGAGGGUGGCUCGCUGCCCAAAGAUCCGCUGUACGGCUUCACCAAGCUCAAGGAGCUGUACUUCAAAGCGAACCCAAACUACACGGGCCGCUACACCGUGCCUGUGCUCUGGGACAAGAAGACCGGCACGCUCGUCAACAACGAGUCGAGCGAGAUCAUCCGCAUCUUGGCAUCGGCCUUUGACAGCCUCCUGCCCGAGGCGCGCCGCGAAGCCAACCAGCCCGGCGGCGGUCUCUAUCCGGCGGCCCAGCGCGCCGAAAUCGACGCCCUCAACGACUGGGUCUACGCGACGGUCAACAACGGCGUCUACAAGAUCGGCUUCGCCACCGCGCAGGCCGCCUAUGACGAACACGUGCCGGCGCUCUUCGCGUCGCUCGACCGGCUGGAGGCGCAGCUAGCCGCCCACGGCAAACCCUUUCUCUUGGGCGACGCCCUCACCGAGGCCGACGUCCGCCUGUACACAACGCUCGUGCGCUUUGACUCCGCCUAUGCCGCCGUCUUCCAGUGCACCCUCCGCUCGAUCCGCCACGACUACCCGCACCUCCACCUGUGGCUGCGGUGCCUCUACUGGGACGGCGCCGCCGUGCGCGACCAGACCCGCGGCGCUUUCCACGCCACGACGGCGCCCUACAUUGGCCACUACAUCGAGGGCUAUGCGCGGUCGCGGCACAAGGUGGUCUUCAAAGAACAGGGCCCACUGAUCAUUCCGACAGGGCCAGCCCAGCUGAUUGAGCCCUUGCCGAAGGGAGAGGAUUAA